AAAGCCCUCACUCUUCUCGGUGGUCGUUGUUUCCUCUCGAAAGGGGAGAGAAUUUCCCUGAACCCAAAGCCCACCGUCCCCCCUACUUCUCCUUUCUCCCUCUUUACGUCUCUCGCUGACACUUUGCUGUAGAUCGCUGAGAGGUUGAGAACAUCUAUUUAGUCAAAUAAGUCACCUAACUAUUGGUGAAAGAUGAGCGUCGUUGGUUUUGACUGGGGCAACGAGAGCUGCAUUGUUGCUGUUGCUAGGCAAAGGGGCAUUGAUGUUGUGCUCAAUGACGAAUCAAAGCGUGAAACCCCUGCUGUUGUUUGCUUUGGUGACAAGCAGCGAUUCAUUGGGACUGCUGGUGCUGCAUCAACAAUGAUGAACCCUAAAAACUCAAUUUCUCAGAUGAAGCGGCUAAUUGGCCGCCAAUUUUCUGAUCCUGAGUUGCAAAGGGAUCUCAAGGCAUUGCCUUUCACUGUCACUGAAGGUCCUGAUGGGUAUCCUUUGAUUCAUGCGCGCUACUUGGGGGAGAUGAGGACAUUUACUCCAACUCAAGUUUUGGGAAUGGUCUUGUCUGACUUGAAAGGCAUAGCUGAGAAGAAUUUGAAUGCGGCAGUGGUUGAUUGCUGCAUAGGAAUACCAGUUUACUUCACCGAUCUUCAAAGAAGGGCUGUGGUGGAUGCAGCCACAAUUGCAGGGCUGCACCCUCUCCGUUUGUUUCAUGAAACAACUGCCACAGCUCUGGCAUAUGGUAUUUAUAAGACAGAUUUGCCUGAGAAUGAGCAAUUGAAUGUUGCUUUUGUUGAUAUAGGCCAUGCAAGCAUGCAAGUGUGCAUAGCUGGCUUCAAGAAAGGCCAACUGAAGAUACUGGCUCAUUCUUUUGAUCGAUCAUUAGGGGGUAGGGAUUUUGAUGAAGUGCUCUUUCAGCAUUUUGCUGCAAAAUUCAAGGUAGAUUACCAUAUUGAUGUUUUCCAGAAUGCGAGAGCUUGUCUCAGGUUAAGGACUGCUUGUGAGAAGCUGAAAAAAGUUCUUAGUGCCAAUCCUGAGGCUCCCUUGAAUAUUGAGUGCUUGAUGGAUGAUAAAGAUGUAAGGGGCUUCAUUAAGAGGGAGGAGUUUGAGCAAAUUAGCAUUCCCAUUUUGGAACGUGUAAAGAGGCCACUGGAAAAGGCUAUUUCAGAAGCUGGGCUUGCCAUUGAGAAUGUUCAUAUGGUUGAGGUUGUUGGUUCUGGUUCUCGUGUCCCUGCUAUUAUCAGGAUCCUUACUGAGUUCUUUGGAAAAGAGCCGAGGCGAACAAUGAAUGCCAGUGAGUCUGUUUCCAGGGGCUGUGCCCUGCAAUGUGCUAUUCUAAGUCCGACUUUCAAAGUGCGAGAGUUCCAGGCCAAUGAAAGCUUCCCCUUUCAAAUUGCUUUAUCUUGGAAAGGCUCUGCUCCAGAGGCUCAGAAUGGAGCAGGGGACAAUCAACAAAGUACAAUUGUAUUUCCCAAGGGAAAUCCAAUACCUAGUGUCAAGGCUCUCACAUUUUUUAGAUCUGGUACAUUUACAGUUGAUGUACACUAUACUGAUGUAAGCGAGUUGCAGGCACCUGCAAAAAUCAGUACUUACACAAUUGGCCCUUUCCAGUCGACAAAAGGUGAACGAGCAAGAGUAAAGGUUAAAGUUCGUUUGAAUUUGCAUGGGAUUGUCUCUAUCGAGUCUGCAACUCUUCUGGAAGAAGAGGAAGUUGAGCUACAAGUUUCAAAAGAGCAAUCGAAGGAAUCUACAAGUAUGAACACUGAUGAAGCUUCCACCAACACUGCUCCUGCCAGUUCUAAUGAGACUGAUGUCAAUAUGCAAGAUGCCAAGGGGCCUGCCGAUAUUCCUGGAGCUGAAAAUGGUGUUCCUGAAUCAGGAGACAAGCCUGCACAAAUGGAAACAGAUACAAAGGUUGAGGCUCCUAAAAAGAAGGUGAAGAAGACGAAUAUCCCAGUAUCAGAGUUUAUUUAUGGUGCCAUGGUACCAGCAGACGUGCAGAAAGCUGUAGAAAAAGAGUUUGAAAUGGCUUUGCAGGAUCGAGUAAUGGAAGAAACUAAAGAUAAAAAGAAUGCUGUUGAGGCGUAUGUUUACGACAUGAGAAACAAGCUCGGUGAUAAAUACGAGGAGUUUGUGACGGAUUCUCUGAGGCAAGAGUUUACUGCUAAACUUCAGGAGGUAGAAGAUUGGUUGUAUGAAGAGGGUGAGGAUGAAACUAAGGGUGUUUAUACUGCCAAGCUUGAGGAGCUAAAGAAGCAAGGUGACCCUAUUGAAGAGCGUUACAAGGAGUAUACGGAGAGGGGAUCCGUGAUUGAUCAACUGGUUUAUUGUAUUAAUAGUUAUAGAGAGGCUGCAAUGUCAAAUGACCCCAAAUUUGACCACAUUGACUUGGCUGAAAAGCAGAAGGUCUUAAAUGAGUGUGUGGAAGCAGAGGCAUGGUUAAGAGAGAAAAAGCAGCAGCAAGAUACACUUCCCAAGCAUGCUGCUCCUGUUCUCUUAUCCGCAGAUGUGAGAAAAAAGGCUGAAGCAGUUGACAGAUUCUGCAGACCAAUAAUGACAAAGCCAAAGCCAGCAAAACCUGCCACUCCUGAAGCACCUGCGACGUCACCCCCUCAGGGAAGCGAACAGCAACACGGUGGGGACCCCAGUGCAGGUGCUGACACACAUCAGAGUGCCAAUGACAAAGCUGCUGAUGGCAGUGGUGAUGCUUCAGGGGAACCAAUGGAGACUGACAAGUCGGAUACUACAAGUGCUGCCUAAUUUUUUAGGACAGGUGCCUUCCCAGUUUUUCUGCUGGGCAAGAGGUUUGGUCAUACGUAUAACAAUUAUUUAUUUAGAAGCCUGGGGCGAAGAACUCUACUUGGACUGGUGAAGGGUUGUGGGAUGUGAUUCUCAUUUGUAAAGCCCUCUCUAUGGUCUGCAAUUUUAUCACUCUUAUGAUUCGAGUCUAGAUUCCAGUUUCUACAGAAGGGUUGCGAAGCAAAAAUUUAAGACUGAUAUAUGGUCUUCAUUCCCAACUUUCUCUUGUGGGAUGAGGUCCUAGGAUUAUACUCUUUCGAGAGGAGAUUUAAGUGUUUAGGGAUGUUUCGAGUUAUUGUGUGUAGAGAUAUUGUCAUUAUAAGUUUGAUCCUCUUUUUGUGGAAUGGAUUUAAUUCCUUAUGAGGGUCGAAGCUCUUGGAUUUUGUUGAAACCGUCUAAUGGGUGUGGUUCUGAUUUCAA